AUGUCACAGCCCCCCUCAUCACCUCACAGCCCCCCUCACCACACUACAGCCCCCUCACCACGCUACAGCCUCCCCCUCCCUCACCACGCUAAAGCCUCCCCCUCCCUCACCACGCUAUGGCCUCCCCCUCCUCACCACGCUACGGCCUCCCCCCCCCUCACCACGCUACAGCCUCCCCCCUCCUCACCACGUCACAGCCCCCCCCUCACAGCCCCCUCCCCCCUCACCACGCUGCGCUUUGGGUCCCUGGCCCCGUAUCUCAAGGCCCCGUAUCUCAAGGCCCCGUAUCUCAAGGCCCCGUAUCUCAAGGCCCCGUAUCUCAAGGCCCCGUAUCUCAAGGCCCCGUAUCUCAAGGCCCCGUAUCUCAAGGCCCCGUAUCUCAAGGUAUCCCCGUAUCUCAAGGCCCUGUAUCUCAAAGCCCCGUAUCUCAAGGCCCCGUAUCUCAAUCUCAAAGCCCCGUAUCUCAAGGCCCCGUAUCUCAAGGCCCCGUAUCUCAAGGCCCCGUAUCUCAAGGCCCCGUAUCUCAAGGCCCCGUAUCUCAAGGCCCCGUAUCUCAAGGCCCCGUAUCUCAAGGCCCCGUAUCUCAAGGCCCCGUAUCUCAAGGCCCCGUAUCUCAAGACCCCGUAUCUCAAGGCCCCGUAUCUCAAGGCCCCGUAUCUCAAGGCCCCGUAUCUCAAGGCCCCGUAUCUCAGGCCCCGUAUCUCAAGGCCCCGUAUCUCAAGACCCCGUAUCUCAAGGCCCCGUAUCUCAAGGCCCCGUAUCUCAAGGCCCCGUAUCUCAAGGCCCCGUAUCUCAAGGCCCCGUAUCUCAAGGCCCCGUAUCUCAAGGCCCCGUAUCUCAAGGCCCCGUAUCUCAAGGCCCCGUAUCUCAAGGCCCGUAUCUCAAGGCCCCGUAUCUCAAGGCCCCGUAUCUCAAGGCCGUAUCUCAAGGCCCCGUAUCUCAAGGCCCCGUAUCUCAAGGCCCCGUAUCUCAAGGCCCCGUAUCUCAAGGCCCCGUAUCUCAAGGCCCCGUAUCUCAAGGCCCCGUAUCUAUCUCAAGGCCCCGUAUCUCAAGGCCCCGUAUCUCAAGGCCCCGUAUCUCAAGGCCCCGUAUCUCAAGGCCCCGUAUCUCAAGGCCCCGUAUCUCAAGGCCCCGUAUCUCAAGGCCCCGUAUCUCAAGGCCCCGUAUCUCAAGGCCCCGUAUCUCAAGGCCCCGUAUCUCAAGGCCCUGUAUCUCAAGACCCCGUAUCUCAAGGCCCCGUAUCUCAAGGCCCUGUAUCUCAAGAGGCCCCGUAUCUCAAGGCCCCGUAUCUCAAGGCCCCUGUAUCUCAAGGCCCCGUAUCUCAAGGCCCCGUAUCUCAAGGCCCCGUAUCUCAAGGCCCGUAUCUCAAGGCCCCGUAUCUCAAGGCCCCGUAUCUCGUAUCUCAAGGCCCCGUAUCUCAAGGCCCCGUAUCUCAAGUAUCUCAAGGCCCCGUAUCUCAAGGCCCCGUAUCUCAAGGCCCCGUAUCUCAAGGCCCCGUAUCUCAAGGCCCCGUAUCUCAAGACCCCGUAUCUCAAGGCCCCGUAUCUCAAGGCCCCGUAUCUCAAGGCCCCGUAUCUCAAGGCCCCGUAUCUCAAGACCCCGUAUCUCAAGACCCCGUAUCUCAAGGCCCCGUAUCUCAAGGCCCCGUAUCUCAAGGCCCCGUAUCUCAAGACCCCGUAUCUCAAGACCCCGUAUCUCAAGGCCCCGUAUCUCAAGGCCCCUUUCCCGCCAAUAUUCAAGCAACGUAUCUCACAGCCAUUGGAGAAAGUGUGGGACAACAUUCCAAAGGUCACAAUCAACAGAUGGAUCAACUAUAUGCAUAUAGGAAAUGUGUCGCGUAUCUGA